ACUGACUGGACUACCUGGUACAUGUGGAGCAAACAGAGUCGCCAGUGGGCAUUAAUUAGUGAUUGGGUCGAUCCCCAUAUAUAAAGGAGACGCGCCCACUGCUCUGCUCUGUCUCCAUACGAACCAAGAUGAGCUACGGAUCUGAUGUCUUCUCCUCCUCCUCCUACCGGAGGAUUUUCGGGGAAUCUCCCCGUUAUGCGUCCUCUCCAUCGCGCACAAAUAUGAGCGUCUCCACGCGCGGGGGUUACCGGUCCUCAUCUCUGUCCCGAGGAAACAUCUCUUCCCUGGGCUCGUACAACAGAAAGUCCGGCCGCUCCUUCUCCUCCAUGCCGCUGGAGACUUUCGACCUGACCCAGAGCAGCGUCCUCAACAAUGAGUUCAAAAUCAUCCGUACCAAUGAGAAGGAACAAAUGCAGGGUCUCAAUGACCGCUUUGCAAUGUUUAUUGAGAAAGUGCGCAACUUGGAGCAGCACAACAAAGUGUUGGAAACGGAGUUGAUCGCUCUGCGCCAGCGGCAGACCGAGCCGUCCCGCUUGGCAGAGCUUUACCAGCAAGAGAUCCGCGAACUGCGCUCCCAGCUGGAGGAACUGAACGGAGAGAAGUCCCAGCUGAUGAUCGAAAGGGACAACAUCGAAGACGACCUGCAGAAGCUCAGGGGGAAAUACGAAGAGGAGUUCCGCGCAAGAGAGGAGGCGGAGGCCAACCUCAAGGCGUUUAAGAAAGACGUGGAUGAUGCCACCAUGGUGCGCCUGGACCUGGAGAAGAAGGUGGAAUCUCUGCUGGACGAGAUCAACUUCCUCAGGAAGGUGCACGAAGAGGAGGUGGCCGAGCUGACGGACAUGAUCCAGGCCGCCCAGGUGUCCGUGGAGAUGGAGGUGUCCAAGCCGGACCUCACCUCCGCGCUCAAGGAGAUCCGCGGCCAGUACGAAUCCAUGGCGUCGAAGAACCUGCAGUCCGCCGAGGAGUGGUACAAGACCAAGUUUGCGGAUCUGUCCGAGCAGGCCAGCCGGAGUAACGAGGCCAUUCGAGCCAGCAGGGAGGAGAUGAACGAGUUCAGGAGGCAGCUGCAGUCCAAGACCAUCGAGAUCGAAAGUCUGAGGGGAACCAACGAGUCUCUGGAGAAGCAGCUGCGGGAGAUGGAGGACAGGCACAACGUGGAGAUUGGAAACUACCAGGAAAGCAUGGCAGAGCUGGAAAAUGACCUGAGGACCACUAAGAGCGAAAUGGCUCGCCACCUGAGGGAGUAUCAGGAUCUGCUGAAUGUCAAGAUGGCACUGGAUAUUGAAAUUGCAGCAUACAGGAAACUACUGGAAGGAGAGGAGACCCGCAUCGGCACGGGCCUCACCUAUCCCACCCCCUCUAUAACUUCCGGUGCUGGGCAGGGCUACAACUACCAAACCCGCAUUUACACCAGCUCAGGCAAGAGCUCCAAGAAGGAGGGGAAGGACGAGGAGCAACAGCAGCAGAUCAAGUCCGGAGGGAAGGUCUCCCAGCGUGAAGUUUACGAGGAAACUGUCGUCACCACCAAGAAGAUGGAGAAGCAGCAGGAUGACAUUCCCAUCCAUCAGAAAAACUAGGAGCCUUCUGUAAGCCUGAGCUCAACUCCUAAAGUUUCCCUAUAUCUCGCAAACCUCUUCAUCUCCCAUCCUAAAACAAACCUGGAGCAUUUACACUUCAAAUAAGAUAGUGAGAUUGUCAUGGUUUCUAUCUGAACUAGUGUGUGUUGGACAUCUUCAAGUGUAGAAUCUACAGGUUUGUUUUAUGUUGGUGUAUUUGUCCCCCUAUUUGUCCCCCACAGGUUUCUCCCAAAGGAAAUCCAUUAUAACGCAACUAGAACAUCACACUGUAUCUGUUUUCUCUCGUUCUCUCUCACAAACUCAGCAUCAAACAGAACUUAGGUAGCAUCUCUUACAUAAGCGUGGUCUUUCAAAGUUACAAUAUUCAACUGGUCUUUCACACUAGUUCAUAUGUAGUACCAACACGCAGUAGCUAAUAACUCUGGUCCUGCAUUUUCUACCACAAACUGUGAGUAACUCUCAACACAUUCCAAGGGAAGCAUGUGUAUGCGGAAAAGAGGUCAAAACACAUCAGCUGCUAUUGGUCUGCAUCCACCUUUACACCACAAAUACAAUGAUUCCUGACAGUUUAUUACAGAAGCACACAUCGACAUAAGAAACCAGCCAAAAUAGUCGAUAAUAAAUGAUAGCGUCUUGCUGAGCCGAUUCAUUUGAAUCUCUUUAGUGAAAAUGUGUUGCUUAAAUCGCUUCUUGCACAAUUUUUCUUAUCGUGAUUGGUGCAUCAGCGGUUAGGUCCAAUCAGCUCUGCAUGACAACAGUAUGAUGGAGGAUUAGCAUCCUCAGUCGAGCACUGACCCUCUCUGACUUCCCAGCAAAGCUUCAUUAACAGAAGUGGAUUACUGUAGCUAUUUAAAUGAGAUUAAGACUUGAAGCAAAGCAAGAAAACAAAUAUAUUAAUUGAGCUUAAUUUGCAUGGUGUAUGUAGAUGUCAGGCUUGCAUGGAAACCAUCAGCUCAUUGCUCAUUCAACACGUUUUUUGGUUGUUUGUAGUCACCACUGACCAUGCUCAGCAUCAUCAUCCUGCACAAAAUCCAUUAAUGAUUGUAAUAAACAUGCCAGAUUUGAGACUUCUCUUAGGAUUAGCUAUUUAUGCUAUGAAGAUAAGGAGGGAAGCUCCUCUGAGACGCACUUAAAUGUAAACUGCUUGGUCAAAGUUUGCACAAUUUGCUAUGAAGGAUACAGGGGAAAGCUAAAAAUGCUGGAAAACUAGGAGCUAAUGUGAUUUUAAAAAAUGAGUCUUCUAUACAGCUCAGGCGAUUAGAGAUUGAAUUGUGAAUUAUGUUUUAGCACAAAUGCAUGUGAUUCUGUAGGAUUCCUCCAUCCGGGUUUAUACAUAGACUGCGCAACACCAUAUUUCCCACGAAGCACAUUUGAACCCCAGAAUCAAUAGCAUAUCACUUAACGAAGAAAACCACCAAAAUACAUCGUUUGUUUUUUUUUAAAAAAACCUGCCAGACUAUGAUGUGUUUGAAGUAACAGGACCUCUCUGUUUUUAACUGUGGCCAUGACUGGAUAAAACGUCUGUUGUAGUAUAACCUCACCACUAGAAAUUGUUCAGUAUAAGAGACUUGUAGGUCAUUUUUUCUGAUUGUGCACUGCCAACUCUUAACACAGCUAUAUUACUCUCUCGCUGCUGCUUAGUGCCCUGACAAACUGCGCACACACUAAGAAUGGAAACUACUGAUUGCACGGCAGGCUGCUCCGAUCAGGUUCUUAUCAUUUUACCUGAAGCUUGAGACAAGAAUCUAAGUACUGUAGUGUGUUUAUAUCUCUACAAAGUGGCCUAACAUAACUGGAAUUCAAGAGGAAACGGUGAUGGCAAAUUUGAAACUUGGGCAUUUUGUUUGUGGAUUAUUGUUUUCCAGUGUCAAGCAGAAGAAAAAUCUCAGAAGAACCUAUAAAAAUACAGCAUUUUAUAUUACACAUUACAACAAUGGGUGAAUUAUUCAUGGUUGCAUAUGUCAAGCCUUUAUCCUUUCACUGUAAACCAAAAGAGCUUUCAUGGAUGUCUGGGGGGAAAAAGUCACAACUACAGCACUGCCAAACUUUUCUAGGAAAGAAAAAUCAUCUUCUGAAAAAUAUAGAACAUCACCAAAAUCAACAAUCAAGAUUUAGCCAUACUGUAGAAGAAAUACUGUAGAAAUGCCUUAAAACACCAGCAGCUUCUGGCCAAGUGUUUGAUGUGUAUGAUUCUGUUCAGUGGGGUGUUUAAUCAUUGUUAUCUCUUCAGUAGUGUUUAUUAUAGUUACCAUGACAACAAAAGCAUAGGUAUUGAAUGUAGUUGACAUGAUAUUCUCUUUACUGUUGCUACUGCUUAUGUAUUGCUGUAUGACACCAUAUCAAUAAAGACUUGACAUUACAA